AUGCCGUCAACUAUCCUCCUGGGCUUGUUCCUGACAAGCACCCUUGUCUCCUCUACGACCGUGCGUACUUCCACGCCGGUGUUGGGAUGGAAUUCGUAUAACUACUACAAUUGCUACCCGAACGAGACCAUCAUCAAGACCAACGCUCAAGGCCUGGUCAACCUGGGAUUCGACAAAGCAGGCUACAAUUACGUGACGGUAGACUGCGGUUGGAAUGCCAACUACCGGGACUCCUCGGGCCAGUUGGUGUGGAACCCGACCCUGUUCCCAGGUGGCGGCCCGGCGCUGGGUGAAUACAUCCAUGGCCUUGGUCUGAAGUUUGGCGUGUAUUCCGGCGGCGGUAUCUUUCAAUGCGGAUCGACCGACCAGCCCGCUUCCUUGGGCCACGAGACGACGGAUGCCAAGUCUUUCGCUGCUUGGGGUGCGGAUUCUCUCAAGUAUGACAACUGCUUCGCCAACUCGACAACAGAGGCAGCAGACUAUGACAAUCCUGUCACGCAGAGUCCAACGAAAUUUCGUGUCAUGAAGGAUGCUCUUGAAGCCACGUCUCGUGCCAUGGUGUACCAAAUCUGCCAGUGGGGCGUGGGAACUGACAUCGGAACUUGGGCUUCUGAGCUUGGAAACUCGUGGAGAAUCAGCAAUGACAUCUACAACGCAUGGCGAAGCGUCUGGCGUAUCACGAACCAGGUUGUGCCAUACUACAAGCACACAGGAGUUGGAAAGUACGCGGACAUGGAUAUGCUCAUCGUUGGCCUGAAGGCUCUCUCACUCCAGGAGGAGAAAUUUCACUUCGGCAUGUGGGCGAUCAACAAGUCGCCCCUCGUCGUCGGAGCCCCCAUGGAUACCAAAUUGGCACCCGCAGCAUCGUUGGACCUGCUCAAGAACGCAGAGGUCCUGGCUAUCAACCAGGACUCCCUCGGCAAGCAGGCCCAGCUCGUCCGCCGGUACACCAACGAGCAGUACGACGUCUGGGCGGGCGAGCUCUCGGGGUCGCGCAAGGUGUUGGGCCUUGCCAACUGGAACAACGCCAGCCAGAGCGUCACCGUCAGCCUGCCCGCCGACCUGGGGAUCGCCUCCGCGACGGGGCGGGAUGUCUGGGCGGCCAAAGACCUCGGAACCCUCAGCGGCUCGUACACGACCACGCUUGCUGGGCACGAGCUCCGCCUUAUCGUCCUCUCCAACAUCGCCAACGCCACCUCCGGCAUCCAGGCUUCAUCUGGCUACUACACAGCUGCAACAGGCUCAACGCGCUCUGGUGCCGCUGCUGUUGUGGCCUGCCCCUCGGGACAAUGCCUCCCCGCGGGCAGCAAGGUCGGCAACAUCGGCCAAGGUCAAGCCGCAGCCGCCGUGACCUUCGCCAACGUCAGCGCCAAGUCCGCCGGGAGGAAGCUGCUGGGCGUGGAUUUUAUCAACUACGACGCCGCCCUGGCGUCGGCGUGGGAGCUCGGGGACAACACCCGCAACAUGACGAUUGCGGUCAACAAGGCCGCCACGAGCGGCACGCGCUUCGCCUUCCCCCUCUCGGGUGGUGACUGGUACGACUCCGGGCGCUUGUAUGUCUACGUUGACGGGUUCCAGGCUGGCGGCUCGAACCAGGUGAUAUUCACCGCGUCUGGAACUGCUCAAACGUGGGCGCCGGAUUUGGUUGGGUUUGAGGUUUACGAGAUCGCUUGA